CUCCUGCAGCCGCCGCCGGGACAGGCCCCUGGACCCCCAGCCCACACGGGAGAUAUGGCCAAGGUGGAGCAGAUCCUUCAGCUGGAGCCCCAGCAAGAGCUCAAGUUUCAAGGACCCUUUACAGACGUCGUCACUACAAACCUGAAACUCGGGAACCCCACAGAUAAAAAUGUCUGUUUCAAAGUUAAGACCACAGCGCCUCGCCGGUACUGUGUGCGUCCAAACAGCGGAGUGAUUGAUGCCGGAUCCUCCAUCAUUGUGUCCGUGAUGCUACAGCCAUUCGACUAUGACCCUAAUGAGAAGAGCAAGCAUAAGUUCAUGGUGCAGUCCAUCAUAGCACCAUCAGACACCUCAGAUAUGGAAGCUGUAUGGAAAGAAGCGAAGCCGGAUGAUCUCAUGGAUUCCAAGCUCCGGUGUGUGUUUGAGCUGCCGUCCGAGAAUGAGAAAGCUCACGAUGGCGAAAUAAACAAAGUUAUUUCUAGCAGCAGUAUAACAAAGACAGAGUCCUCGCUGUCUAAAUCAAUAAGUUCCAAUCUGGAUGAUUCCGAGUAUAAGAAAGUGGCGGAAGAAAACAAGAGGCUGCAGGCGGAAAUGCAGAGGCUACGGGAGGAGUACAAGCAGUUUAAGGAGGAAGACGGUUUGAGAAUGCGAAAGAUGCAGCCCACAAGUAGCCCCCACCGACCAGUUUCUGGCCUUGCAAAAGAAGAAGGCGUUAACACUCGGAUACUUGCACUGGUCAUCCUCUUCUUCAUCAUCGGUGUCAUAAUAGGGAAAGUGGCCUUGUAGACAAAGCAUGCGAAAAGAAACAAAGCAAGAAAUCAUACUGUCGAUGGUGUAGCCAUAUCAAGAAAUAAAUUUAUUCAUAACAA